CCUCCCUUCCUUCCUUCCAGUGGUGGGCAGGGUCGCUUGUGUUGACAAACAUUAAUUCUCUCACUAGGGUGGGGAUCUAUACAUUUUACGAGUCAAAAAGCUGCUAAAUAAACGCUUUAUUAAACAUUUAGGAAUAUACACGAAAGGAUUACUGAUCGGUAUUAAAUGCAAGUAUGGGUUGCUGCCUGACUGUUGGACCAAAUGAAGCGCUCGUUGUGUCAGGUGCCUGUUGUGGGGCAGAUACAAAGACGUAUGUGGUGGGAGGCUGGGCGUGGGCAUGGUGGCUUAUAUCAGACACCCAGAGAAUUACACUAGAGAUUAUGACACUACAGCCUAAGUGUGAAGACGUGGAGACAGCGGAGGGAGUCGCCAUUACAGUUACAGGAGUUGCUCAAAUCAAGGUUAUGACUGACAAAGACUUGCUAGCUGUUGCCUGUGAGCAGUUUCUGGGAAAGUCUGUCAUCGAAAUCAAGGCUGUGGUCCUGCAAACCCUGGAGGGACAUUUGCGUUCAAUCUUAGGCACUUUAACUGUGGAGCAGAUCUACCAGGACAGAGAUCAGUUUGCUCAGCUGGUAAGGGAGGUGGCAGCUCCUGACGUGGGCCGGAUGGGCAUUGAGAUCCUCAGCUUUACCAUAAAAGAUGUCUAUGAUAAGAUGGACUACUUGAGCUCUCUUGGAAAAACGCAGACAGCGGCUGUACAAAGGGACGCCGACAUCGGAGUGGCCGAGGCAGAGAGGGAUGCUGGGAUUAGAGAAGCUGAGUGCAAGAAAGAAAUGAUGGAUGUGAAGUUCUUGGCGGACACUAAAAUGGCCGACUCCAAGCGAGAGCUGGAGCUGCAGAAAGCUGCUUUCAAUCAAGAAGUGAACACCAAGAAAGCCGAGUCUCAGCUGGCCUAUGAACUGCAGGCAGCGAAAGAGCAACAGAAGAUCAGAUUGGAGGAGAUUGAAAUCGAGGUGGUGCAGAGGAAAAAGCAGAUCACCAUUGAGGAGAAAGAGAUUGAGAGGACAGAGAAGGAGCUAACCGCUACGGUCAAGCGUCCAGCUGAAGCUGAGGCUUACAAGAUGCAGCAGCUGGCUGAAGGGCAGAAGUUGAAGAAAGUUCUGACUGCUCAGGCCGAGGCAGAGAAGAUUCGGAAGAUCGGAGAGGCGGAGGCCCUUUCUAUCUCAUGUGUGGGGAGGGCCGAGGCUGAGAGUAUGAGGCUGAAGGCAGAAGCCUACCAGCAGUACGGAGACGCCGCCAAGACCGCACUCGUCCUAGAAGCGCUGCCCAGGAUCGCAGGAAAGGUAUCUGCUCCUCUGGCCAAGACCAAUGAGAUUGUUAUUCUGAGUGGGGACGGCAGUCGUGUGACCGGGGAGGUGAACCGUCUUCUCGCAGAGCUGCCCGUGUCUGUAAAUGCACUCACGGGUGUGGACCUGUCCAAGAUCCCUCUGUUGCAGAAGAUGACAGGUGCUCAAGCAUGAAGUAAAUCAGUUCCGUCUCCUCCAUGAUAUGUUGUAUGCACUCACAGAAACUGCCUUUAGAAGACUUGGGAAAUCUUUUUUUUUUU